AUGCCAAAAAUAACUAGGAAUGUGCCACUUUCAGAACAACCGGUGUACACAAUUGCCCCGAUACCAGCACAUCAACAAGCGAUACCUUCAACUGCCCAACAACAGGCACUGCUUCCGCCGAUCCUGCAACAGCCAAUUUAUACGCAACAUGUUCCAGUUUUUCCGGCUCGAAGUCAACAUCAGCAACAUUCUUCAAAUAUAUCGUAUGGGCUAUCGAAGCCAAUGAUUCCGCCUUUGGGGCAGCAACCUGCAUCGUCCGUGGCGGAAAUUACCACAGGGACAUCGUUCGAGAUUUCGCCAGAGAAUAAUCUUCUACCAGACUAUUCGCAUGGAAUCCGAGCCACAACUCAACCUGCCCUGGUGCCAAAUAGGUCGUCGCACUAUUUGAUGAAUCAGCAACAAUCGAUGGCGUGGCCUAUAUACGGGAUCAACAUGUUCCCACCAAGAACAUCAUUUCCCGGUCAAUUUAGACAAUUCACGGAACAGCAGUAUGCACCAUUUAUGACUGGAAUCGCAGAUGAAUAUGUGAAUAUGCGAACUGGAAACCGAUUGCCGCCGAAUGACCCUCCACAGCCCGGUGUACCUAAUUCACAUGGCCCAGCAAUCGGGAUGCAUUCUACAGCACAGCAGUCGAUACCAGCACAAAAUGCUUCGACACAUUAUCCGUUACUUCAGCACCCAACUAUGGCGUACUUUCCGCCGCUGAAUUCCAUGUGGAAUUCGGAUGGUGUCAUAACCCCGCAACAGUUGGCUGCCCGCCACGUUGUGAGCAAAGAGCUGCCAAAAUUUUCCGGAGAUCCAUUGGAGUGGCCAAUGUUCUUAAGCUCUUUUGAGUCAACUACAGCCAUGUGUGGAAUUCAGCCCGACGAAAAUCUGGCAAGGUUGCAGAAAAGUCUGGUAAGGAGUGCCCGAGAGAAAGUUCAGAGUAUUCUCACUCUGCCUUCUGCGAUUCCGGAAAUCAUCAACACGCUUCGAGAUGAAUGUGGGCGGCCAGAACAAUUAGUCAAUUGCUUGCUGUCGAAAAUACGCUGCGCUCCCGUCCCAAAUGUCAGCAAGUUAGAAACACUAGUCACGUUUGGUAGAGAGGUUAGAAACUUAGUAACAUACAUCGAGGCUGCAAACCUGCAUGCCCACCUCUCAAACCCGAUGCUGUUAAUGGAACUGGUAGGGAAGCUUCCACCGAGUUUGCGGUUGGACUGGGGUCUCCAUAGUCAGCGGAUCCCAGAAGUCACAUUAAAAGCAUUCAGCGACUAUGCUUCCUCCAUUAAAACCGCUGCUUGUCACGUAAGUCUACCGAUAGACUCUGGCAGAGAUGAUGGCAGCACACGACGGAGCUCGAAGAAAGAAAAAGGUGGUUUUUUAAACGCUCACUCAAUCGGCGAUGAACGUAGGUCAGAACUGGAGGAAUCAUUCGUAGCUACAGAGCUAAAUCGAAACAAAGGGCCGAAGCCAUGUCACGCGUGCCAGCGUAUUGAUCAUCGUAUUCGCAACUGCGACACAUUUGUCAAACUCACUCCCGCGGAACGUCUCAAGCUUGUCGAAGAACAUAAUUUAUGCAAAUGCUGCCUAACCGGUCAUGGCAAGUGGCCGUGCAGAACUAAACAUCCAUGUGGUAUAAAUGAUUGCAAAGAACUGCAUCAUAAACUACUGCAUGCAUCUAAGGCCAUAUCGUCGGAAGCUCGUGAACCAGGACUGGCGGCGGUUAUAUCAGCACAUUGCACCAACAAGACAACUUCUCUUUUCAAAAUAAUCCCAGUAGUUCUGAGAAACAAAGGCAAAUCGGUCACCACCUUUGCGUUCUUAGACGAUGGAUCUAAUUUAACGCUGCUGGAAAACGCUAUAGCCAGUAAACUUGGCCUUGACGGAACUGAAGCCCUUCUCUGCUUACAAUGGACGAGUAAUGUAACCAGAAAUGAGUAUUCGUCAAAGAAAGUACAGCUAACGAUUCGGUCAGCCGACAAUAAAUCAGAAUAUGUACUGCAAGAUGUUCGAACUGUAGACAACUUAGGUUUACCUAAGCAAAAUCUAGAUUAUAAAAAAAUAUCGCAGAGAUUUGCAUUUCUACGAGGUCUUCCGAUACAGAGUUAUGCAGAUGCAGUACCAGGUAUAUUGAUCGGGGUGGAUCACGCGCGGCUCAUGCUGCCACUGAGCAAACGAGAUAGACGGGAUACAGAACCAAUAGCCAUUAAGACAUGUUUAGGAUGGACUGUGUUUGGCGGCCGUUGCGAGUCCGAUGGGCCAGAGAGGUUAAUGGUACAUGCAUGUUCCUGUUCAGCCGAUCGUGAACUGAACGACUUGGUGAAGGACUAUUUUGCGAUGGAGGACAUAGGUAUCCAUGGAUUAACAGUACCAGAAACGGCAGAAGAUCAACGUGCACGAAAGAUUCUACAGCAAACGACAAAACGGACCGAAUCUGGCAAAUUUGAGACCGGGCUUUUAUGGAAAACUGACAAAAUCGAGUUUCCGAACAGUUUUCCGAUGGCCGAGCGCCGGCUGAAAUGCUUAGAGCGUCGAUUGCGUGUGGACCCAGAGCUGCAGCAUGCAUUUUCCGAUCAAAUCGUAGAGUAUCUGGAACGAGGAUAUGCUCAUAAAGCUACUUCGGAAGAACUGCAAGGAACCGAUCCCCGGAAGGUUUGGUAUUUGCCGUUGGGAGUGGUCCGGAAUCCCCGUAAGCCAACCAAAAUUCGCAUAGUUUGGGAUGCCGCCGCAGCGGUCAAGGGGGUGUCCUUGAACUCGAUGUUGUUAAAAGGGCCGGACUUAUUGAAGCCGCUAUUAUCUGUGCUAUGCCGUUUUCGACAAAAGCAAUACGCGAUAACAGCCGACAUACGGCAAAUGUUUCAUCAAAUCAUUGUUCAAAAGGAAGAUCGUCAAUCACAAAGAUUCCUAUGGCGGACCGAUCCGGAAUCUCCCCCAGAAGUAUACGUCAUGGACGUGGCUACGUUUGGAGCUACCUGCUCGCCAUGCUCAGCCCAAUACAUUAAAAAUACAAACGCAUUAGACUAUUCUGAACGGUAUCCCGAUGCAGCCUUGGCCAUUGUGGAGAACACUUACGUGGACGAUUACCUUGAUAGUAGAGACACAAUUGAAGAAGCACUCAAUUUGGCGAUGGAUGUUCGUCUAAUACACAGUAAGGCUGGCUUCGAGAUUCGGAAUUGGCAAUCAAAUUCUGAGCAGAUUCUCGCACGGGUCGGGGAAAAGGCUCCCCAUGCUACGAAGAGCUUUUUGGCGGAGAAAACGGCAAUAGCUGAACGCAUACUGGGGAUGGUGUGGAUUCCAAACGAAGAUGUCUUCGCGUUCACCGCACAAUUUCGACCUGAUUUACAACCUCUGUUGAGUGGCGCAAUUAUUCCAACGAAGCGACAGGUCUUGCAAGUUGUCAUGAGCUUGUUUGAUCCUCUCGGCAUUGUCUCUACAUUUACGGUCCACGGAAAAAUACUCAUUCAGGACGUGUGGCGAUCAGGAGUUGGUUGGGAUGAUUCCAUUAUUAAUGAAGAUUUUUCAAACUGGCAGCGUUGGGUCAAAAGGACGUCAGAGUUAGACUGUUGCAUAUUUCCGAAUUAUUGA